AUACGAGUCUCUUUGCUUGGUUAUUUAAGAGCCAGAGUGACUGAGGAUAAUUCGUUUAGUAGAAUAUGAGAUUAAUAAUCGUCACUCUCUUUCUGGCGAGUUCGACAGUACCUGUGGCCUUUUGUAGCAGUGGAUAUAAAAGCAAGGAAAAAUGCAAAGAAUAUGCGAAUCUGGUAUAUGAGAAUGAGUAUAUUCCUGUGCUUCGAAAAGGCGCCGGUUCGAAUAGAGUGUCACGCUGUGCUAUUGUCGAGACGCCAUUGAUUAUCGGUGGUGUUAAAGCAAAAUCUAUGGAAUUUCCACAUACAGCAGUCAUUGGAUUCGGGACAAACGACAGGGACGUGUCGUGGCAGUGUGGAGGCACCAUAAUAUCAGAGAAUUAUAUUCUUACGGCUGCACAUUGCAUGGAAUCGCGAGACAAAGGUCCUGCUCGACUAGUUCGUGUGGGUUUAAUAAAUUUAAAAGAUCCUGGACACGCGAUGCAGGAAAGAAGAGUCGUGGAAAGAAUAAAACACCCGAACUAUCGUAUGCCGUCCAGAUAUCACGACAUAGCACUAUUAAAGUUAGCUAAACCUAUCUAUUUGAAUUCGCAAGUGAGACCUGCAUGUCUUGAAAUCGACUUUAUGAUUAACGGACGAAAGGCAAUAGCCAGUGGAUUUGGAAAAACAAGUUAUGACGGAAGCGAAGGCAGUAACGAAUUAAUGAAGGUGCAGUUAGAUUAUAUCUCACAAGAAGAAUGUGAAAAAGGAUUUAGGGCUGAAUUAGGCACAAGGCAAAUGCCGAGCGGUGUGAUACCGAAUUUAUUAUGCGCUGGUGUUAUGGAGGGUGGUAAAGAUACUUGUCAGGGGGACAGUGGAGGACCUUUGCAAAGAGUACUGACCGAACCCUACUGCAUGUACAGUGUAGUAGGUAUUACAAGCUUUGGUAAAUUUUGUGGUUUCAAAAAUUCCCCAGCAAUCUACUCAAGAGUCAGUACAUACAUUGAUUGGAUAGAGAGUAUAGUGUGGCCAUAGAAAGAUGAAUUUUAUUAAAAAUCAUACUAUUUCACGGAAUCAAUAAAAAUUAAGGAAAAGUGUU